AUGGUCAACCUACCUAUUCCCCAGUCCCUUGACAAGGAGUGCAUCAAGGCAGCAAAGAUUCUCAACUCGUUUGUCACUCCCGGAGGCGAAGGCACAGACAAGUUUAUCCCGCCAGAUAUUUUGGCCAACGCCAAGGGUAUAGCCUUUCUGACUGUGCUGAAGGCUGGCUUUAUUUGGUCUGGUCGCAUUGGUACCGGUCUUGUUGUUGCUCGCUUGCCCGACGGAACAUGGUCUGCACCUUCGGCAAUCAACACGGCCGGUGCUGGUGUUGGAGGACAGAUUGGCGCCGAGAUGACUGACUUUGUCAUGAUUUUGACCAACGACGCCGCCGUCAAGUCCUUCAGCCACGGCGGCAACGUCACACUGGGUGCCAAUCUCACAGUGGCAGCCGGUCCCUACGGCCGCGGCGCCGAGGCUUCCGGAACCAUCCGCAACCUCGCUCCUGUCCUUUCUUACAGCAAAUCCCGAGGCCUCUUUGCCGGUGUCUCGCUCGAGGGAUCUGCGAUUUUUGAGCGUAAGGAUGCAAACGAGAGGAUGUAUGGCCGUAGGGUACGCGCACAUGAGCUCAUGAGUGGCGCUGUUGCGCCACCCCCACAGGCAGACGUGCUGUAUCGCGCGCUUGACCUCAAGGCGGCCCGACUGCCUAAUGAUAUUGGUGAUGGUGCGAGUGUCUACAGUGGAACUGCCUCGGCGGCUGGUGCUGGGUAUGCAGCUGGUGCGGGAACAUACGGCGCUGCUGCUGGAACAUAUGGUGCUGCGAACCCGAGUCCCUAUGCGGUACCAGGGAGUACAAAAGCUGGCGGGCGGGCACCCCCGCCUCCGCCUCCACCCCGCCCGAACGACACCCCUGCAGGUAUGCGCGCGGUGGCCAACUACGACUUUAACGGAACCGAGGCCGGCGAUCUGUCAUUUACAAAGGGCGAUAUCAUAACGGUGACCGAGAAGAAAGAGAGCCAGAAUGACUGGUGGGAGGGAAUUUGUAAUGGCAAGACGGGAUCAUUCCCAGGAAACUACGUGUCGCUAAGCUGA